CAGACCUGACCAGCAGGGAGGAAAGAGACAAAGUGAUGGUUUGGCUCAAAGGGGUUCAGUGCUUGUAGUUCAGUUCUUGGGGUGUUUCUAGCAAGAGUGUAUAGCAGUUUAUUGACCUCAAUUGUUGAAAUAAGGGAAAACAUGUUCCUCCCAUUCUCCUGGAUCCUGGGAACAUCUCACUGGACCCCUUUUGAUAUAAACCCUUUUGACAGCUUUUUUCAGGGCCUUGUGGGUGCAUGUGCGAUAUCUGUGCUCUGCAAUUUAAUGAGAGUGUACUACUUCAUUCAAAAAUGCAGUGACUCUGAAACUGAAACUAAAGGCAAACCAAGGUCAUCUUCUCCGGGCACUGAUGUGAGCAGAGACUGGAGAUCAACUCUUCAGUUGUGGUCUCUUGCUGUCCUCCUGUCCCUGGUUGGCUCAAGGGUCUCCUCUCUGAUAGUUCUGGAGUUUUCUCUUAGAGCUGUUUCUGCAUGGGUGUCAGCAGGGCUGGAUGCCAAUGGCAGAGGUCUGGACCUGCUUCUGAUCCAGAGCCAGUUCUCCCUGGGCUGUGGUCUCUCCUGCACUAUGUUCUUCCUCCAUCAGGGGGCUCCACACAGCUCCCUCAGCCUGUUCCUGGCUGCUGCUCUCAGCUGGGCACUGGCAAGCUACAGCCACAGUCUGUGGAUUCAUGUGGCCAGACUCUACCCACUACACAGCACCGAGCGCUACUGUGGGAAGUGCAUCAGCCUGCUGACCUCCGCACACAACCUACUGGCUUCUCUGCAAAGAGUGGUUAUCUUGUUCUUCGCUCUGGCCAGUGUGGCCUCCACCGCUACAGUUUACGACCACUUCCUGUCCCAAAAGGAUGCUCUGAAGUUUUGGACUCCUCUGACGCUCUGUUACACCAUGUUGGUGGUCUAUAUUCAAGAGGAUCAGAAUCGGCACACUGGUCCACAGGCCCUGCUACACAUAGUGGUGCUGCGACUGGGAGCCGUACUAGUGCUCAUGCUGACCGUGGGAGACUGGAGUGAUGUCCUCCACGUCCUCAUCGCUUUCUUGGGUGAAGCUGUCUGUCUGCUGCCGUCUCAAGACCUGCUACAAGCCAUAUUAAAGGAGGAAGAAGACACACAAGUGAGCAGAUCUGAACAGAGCUCCAGUCACAGAACAAAAGACAACACCAAAAAGGCAUCAGAUGAGAGCUAAUGAUGCCCCUGAAAUUUAAAUUCAAAUUGCAAUUUAUCCCCGUGUAUCCCUCAAAUUACUGAUGUGUGUAUACUUUUUAAUAAAAUAACAAGAGGCUUGUCAA